UCAUUAAUACUCAGUCCCCACACACACAAGAAAAGACCCAACAUAUUUACUCACUUUCCUCAGCCUCCCCAAUACUUUCAAGAACACAGGCCUCUCUCUCUCUCUCUCUACACGCCUACAUUGUAUUAUAUCUUCAAUAUUUUAAUUUAUGCUCAAGCAACUUGGAGAAAUAUGGGUUUUGGAAUUUCUGAUCAUAGUGUUUGUAACACAGGCCUCGGUCUAGGGCUAAUUAGCUGCUGCCAUGACAAGCAAGAAAAGAAUUGUUCUCAAUCAGAUCAUCUUCAUCAAGAAAAAAAGAAGAAAAUCUCUUUAAAAUAUGAUCAUAUGUUUCCAUCUCUUACAUUAGGCCCUCCGUUUGAGGCUUAUACAAAGAUCGAAGCAGAUUUGCAGCCGCAAGCGUCGUCUCCUAGUGCAGUAUCCUCAUUUUCUAACUCAAGUGUCAAGAAAGAGAGAGAAUUUGGAGGUGGUGAAGAAGUUGAGGUUGAAAGAGUCUCUUCAAGAAUUAGCGAUGAAGAUGAAGAAGGAAGCCCUAGAAAGAAACUUAGACUUACCAAACAACAAUCUGCAAUUUUAGAAGACAGCUUCAAAGAACACAGCACUCUCAAUCCUAAGCAAAAACAAGCCUUAGCAGAACAACUGAAUCUCAGGCCACGUCAAGUAGAAGUUUGGUUUCAAAACAGAAGAGCCAGGACUAAGCUGAAGCAAACGGAAGUAGAUUGUGAGUUACUGAAGAAAUGUUGCGAAACAUUAACAGAAGAGAAUAAGAGGCUGCAAAAGGAACUCCAAGAACUUAAAUCUUUGAAACUGACUGCACCAUUAUAUAUGCAGCUGCCGGCAGCAACCCUCACCAUGUGCCCUUCUUGUGAGAGGAUUGGCAGUGGCGGAGAUGGCGGCGGCUCUUCUUCCACUAGCACUUUAACAGUCGGACCAAAACCUCCUCAUUUCUACACUACUGCAUCUUUCACCCACCCAUCAGCUGCUUGCUAAGCACAAUAAUCUAAAUCUAAGUGAGGCCUUAACACAAGUAUUAUUUUUGUUUAUGGCUUCUGUGUCAUAUAUAAUCAAUUAAGGGCUAGUUAAUUAAACUAAUUUUGUAGUCUCAUAUCCCUCUUUUUCUUAUGUACACAUGGUUGAAAAGUCUUUAACAAAAUUUCUAUUAAUGAAUUUUACUUAGUUAUUUGUAUUAGAA